AUGUCAGGACCGAGGCCCGUGGUGCUGAGCGGCCCCUCCGGAGCAGGGAAGAGCACUCUGAUGAAGAGGCUCAUGCAGGAUCAUGAAGGCGUCUUCGGAUUCAGCGUGUCACACACAACAAGACAGCCUCGACCAGGAGAGGAAGAUGGCAAAGACUACCACUUCACAACGAGAGAGGCCAUGGAGGAGGGCAUCAAUAGGGGCGAAUUCAUUGAGAAUGCAGAGUUUUCUGGCAACAUGUAUGGAACAAGUCAAGCUGCCGUAGAAGACGUUCUGGCCAAGAACCUAAUCUGCAUCCUUGAUGUGGACCUCCAGGGGGUGAAGAGGAUUAAACAGACGGAUCUUAACCCCAUCUACAUCUCCAUCCAGCCUCCUUCCAUGGAGAUCCUGGAAAAACGUCUGAGGGACAGGCAGACAGAAACAGAGGAGAGUUUACAGAAACGUCUGGAGGCAGCACGCAUUGAUAUGGAGCUCAGUAAGGAGCCAGGAGUGUUUGAUGUUGUUAUCAUCAAUGAUGACUUAGAGAGGUCCUAUGUGGAGCUGAAAGAUAUCCUCAGUGAGGAAAUCAAAAAAGUUCAGGAGGCUAAAUCAUAA